AUGGGGGAGCCAGCGAUUGUUGCGCCGCCCAUGGCGCAUACAAGCGCUGUCUCCCGGCGUGAGUCGAUCUCUAUUUCAGAUCAUGCGUUCCGUCACCGUGGCUUGGAAGGUAGGCCGCCAUUACACCAAGUAGUCGCGCAUGACCACAUAUGCACAGCAGAGCCAUUUGAGGACCCCACUUUACUGCCUGUAUUGUCGAUAUUACCGCAUCACGCUGGGUUGGAUCUAACAAAGCUGCGCCCUAUGACCCAGGUAUUGAGCGCAUUCCUUUUUCUGUUUUGCUCCUGGGGUGUCAUUGGUUGCUAUGGUACCUUUUUUUUGUACUUCAGGGACAUACUGCUCAUGCAGCAUUCAGCAUCCGAUGUUGCGUGGAUUGGCUCCAUUCAGCAAUUUUUGGCUGUGCUGGUUGGGAUCUUGACAUCUAAGUGGGUCGAUUAUGGGUACAUGUACGCGAUGUGUACUGUAGGAAGCAUUCUCAUUGUGCUUGGCAUCAUGAUGAACGGGCAGGGUACCCGGUAUGUGCAUAUUUUUUUCUCCCAUGGCGUUUGUGUGGGGGUGGGUACUGGGUUGAUAUAUCUUCCCUGUAUUACUUGUUGCUCAGAAUACCACCAUCAGAAGCCAGGCGUGGCGUUGGGGCUGGCCACAUUAGGGAGUAGCUUGGGAAGUCUGAUCUUUCCGAUUAUGUUCAACAAAUUGCAGCCAAAUAUUGGAUAUGCUUGGACUAUCCGCAUAAUCGGUUUUCUCAUCAUGGCUUUGUUGUUGCUUGCCCUAUUGUUGCUGCGGCCGCGGAGUAGGGCUAUUGAAAGCCGCCGGCUUUUCGCCUUGCAUGUAUUCAAGGAUCCGGUGUAUAUUGUAUUUGUCUUGGGCUACUUUUUGGGGAACAUGGGUCUGUACGUGCCUCCCUAUUUUCUUCCAUCGUUUGGAAAACACCACAAAUUCAGUGACGCCAUCUUUCCUUUUACUACCUCUUUGUUGAAGACAGGGGGGAUUCUUGGGCGACUACUGUCAAUUUUUCUGACAAAGAGAAUUGGUGCGUUUGGAUUGUACGUUCCACGGACAUUUUCAGCCGCGCUAGUUGCGUUUGUGUGGAUUGCUGUGCGACAGCAGGGAAGUUUUGUGGUUGUCGUUGUAUUAUAUGGACUUUUGUCUGGUUCUUUAUUGUCCGCGAUACCUAUGAUUGUAACGAAGAUUACGGAUGAUGAGAGCGAUGUUAAUGUGAGGCUGUCUGUUGCAAGCUUACUCUCAUCAGUGGGUUCUUUGGUAGGUCCACCGAUUGCAGCUUCCCUCUUGGACAUUGAGCCACCGAAGUACGUGCGUGCACAGGUCUUUGCUGGCAUCUUUAUCGCUCUCUCUGGCUUGUGCAUGUUCAUUGUACGUGUAAUGAAAGUGGGUCCCAACUGGAUGGUCCCAUUUUAA